UUUUGAUAAUUAUUAAAAAAUGUCUGAAGUUGGAUGUCCAGCGCACCCAAAUGCUCGUUUAGUUGAGGACCAUAGGGCAGGUGAUUUAAUUUGCACUCAAUGUGGAUUGGUUGUGGGAGAAAGGUUAAUUGAUGUUGGUACUGAAUGGCGAUCUUUCAGCGAUGAACGUUCUGGCAAUGAUCCGUCUCGUGUUGGUGCUCCAGACAAUCCAUUGCUGUCUGGUGCAAAUCUUUCAACUAGUAUUGCAGUUGCUUUUGGUUCUGAAGGCGAUAGAGCUUUGGCAAAUGCACAACGAAAAUUAAUUAGUUCUUCUGAUCGUCAAAUGACUCAAGCGUUAAUGUUGAUAAGAGAAAUGAGUGAAAAAAUUAGUUUGCCAAGAAGUAUUCAAGAUAGAGCUGCUAAACGUUUCAAGGAAGUUCUUGAGUCUAAAGCAUUGCGUGGAAAAAGCAAUGAGGCUCAGGCUGCGGCUUGUUUGUAUAUUGCUUGUCGCGAAGAAGGAGUACCGCGUACAUUUAAAGAAAUUUGUGCCGUCUCAAAAGUCUCAAAAAAAGAAAUUGGUCGUUGUUUCCGGUUAAUUACCAAAACACUUGAAACUAAUUUGGAUUUAAUUACUAGUGCUGAUUUUAUGUCACGUUUUUGUGGAAAUUUAAGUUUGCCAUAUCCUGUUCAAGUAGCGGCUACAAGAGUUGCUAAAAAGGCUGUAGAAUUUGAUUUGGUUGCCGGUCGAAGUCCAAUUUCAAUUGCCGCUGCCGCUAUUUAUAUGGCUUCACAAGCUAGUGCUGAAAAACGAACAGCUAAAGAAAUUGGAGAAAUUGCCGGUGUUGCUGAAGAUACAAUUAGGCAAACUUAUCGCCUUUUAUUGCCUAGAGCAGCAGAAUUAUUCCCGGCCGAAUUUCGUUUUGAUACACCCGUUGAUCAUUUGCCACGCGGUUAGAAAGAUGUUUAAACUUUUAAAUCAA